AUGGACCUUCCCGUCGUGAGCAAUACCGCCCAGUUGAGGACCGAGCUGCUCAACCCCCUCCUAAUAGCCACUAACUCUCUCCACCGCUUGGGACUGCCGGUUGCCCAGUGGUCUUAUUUACUGGUGCGUAUCGUACUUAAGCGGCUGCCGGUGUCCUUGAGGGCACGCUUUGAACAGGGGCACGCUAGGGAUGAGGCUUCUCCUCUCCCUACUUUUGAACAGCUCCUGACCUUCCUGGAGGACGAGUGUCGCAUGGGUGACGUUAUGGUCGCCUCUACGCCGGUGGGAGCAUCAAGUCCCAGACCCACCAACCAACGUCGCACUGCUCAAACUGCGCCAAGGGGAAAAAUGACUUCCCGCUUUGCUGUCGCUCAGGCCGCACGACCGGUCUGCCGAUUUUGUAAGUCCCAGGGGCACAAAACGGCGAAGUGCCCGGAAUUUGCAGCGCUGCAUGUGGCCGCUCGUAGGCGGAUUGCUCAGGCCCGAGGCUGGUGUUUCUCAUGCCUAGGGGACCAUUAUCAGCGCGCCUGCCCCGACACGCACCCGUGUCCUGUUUGCAGAGGGCAGCACUUGAAACUGCUGUGUGCCAACGCGAAUGGCCGCCGCGACCACGCGGGGUCGCCUUCGGGCGGGUAUGUGAGCGGACGCCGGGACCAGUCCCGCAGUUUUGAGUCCGGCUCAUCCCCCACACGCCGCGCAGAUUGCGCUGCCGUUGAUCGCCGACAUGGUUCGGUGCGCAGCCCCACGGGCGGGUAUGUGAGCGGAUGCCGGGACCAGUCCCGCAGUUUUGAGUCCGGCUCACCCCCCCCUCGCUGCGCAGAUUGUGUUGCCGUUGACCGCCGACAUGGUUCGGCGUGCAGCCCCACGGGCGGGUAUGUGAGUGGACGCCGGGACCAGUCCCGCAGUUUGGAGUCCCGCUCGCUCCCCUUGCCCUCGCGUGACCAAUUAAGGUCACCUCAGGUUGUGUACCACGAUUACUGUGAUGCAAGUCCGGUACGACUGCCAUCCCCCCCUCUGGCGGAGCGUCCCCGUUUGGAGUCGCGCAACCCUCGAUACGGACGCUCCAGGGGCUAUAAACCACCGACUAUGGCUCGUGGCAGUCGUCACCGAGGGGAAGCAGAGUUCAAACCCUUCCCUCAUUCUGACGCGCCGUCCCGGCACUGCGGCGUUCGAUCGCCGCCACGCAAACAU